AUGGCGGUAGACGGAGGCGGUACAUGCACUACCAAUGAAUCUGGCAAGGUAGCGCACUGUGAGGUAAAGGAUGACAAGGCCAUCGCCGCAGUCCUUGAGAAGGCAGACGCUUUCAAGGCAGAGGGCAAUGGCUACUUCAAACAGCAUCAAUAUGCGGAGGCUGUUACCAAGUAUUCUGCUGCGAUCGAUACGAUCGAUGACGCACCUGUGGACCCCAGGGAAACUCAGCUGCACGUGUAUCUCUGCAACAGGGCAUUCGCCCACUUGAGGUUGGAAAAUUUCGGCUCGGCUAUCAUCGAUGCGGAACGCGCCCUGGAACUGAACCCGCAGUUUUCGAAAAGUUAUUACCGUCGCGGCACCGGUUAUUUCUGCCUUGGGAACCUCAAGGCAGCCCAGCACUUCGAGAGGGUGUGCCAAUUGCGUGGAGGGAAGGAUGCAGACGCUUUGGCACGCUUGAAUGAAUGCAAGAAGCAGCUACGUGCCCAGGCGUUCGCGGCAGCGAUUCGCACGAGGCAAACAACGCCGACAUACAAGCAGGUAGUUGCCGAGGGUCUGGAGAAAUUGUUUCCAGUGCCUGCGGAUUAUGCGGGACCUGUUUACAAGAAAGGCCAAGUCGACGCAGAGUUCUUGAAAUCCUUGGGAGAGUGGCUCGAGAAGCCAGGUAAUAGGUUGCACCAGCAGUACGCGUACGCAAUGGCUGUGGACUUCAUCGAAGUUUUGGAGCCGUUGCCUUCAUUGGUGAAUCUGGAAGUUCCUUCUGAAAAGGAAAUCACUAUCUGCGGUGACGUGCACGGACAGUUCUAUGACCUUUUGAAUAUAUUUAAAAUCAAUGGCAUGCCCUCUGAGGAAAACCCGUAUCUCUUCAAUGGAGACAUUGUCGACAGGGGCAGCUUUUCCGUCGAGGUGGUUCUGAUGAUGGUUGCAUGCAAGUUGGCAUAUCCGGAUCACAUGCACAUAACUCGCGGGAACCACGAGACCAGCGAGAUGAAUGCCAUGUACGGCUUCAAGGGAGAAAUGUUGAGUAAAUAUGAUGAGCGUUUGUACCAAAUCUUUUGCGAGGCAUUUCGCUUGCUGCCGCUGGCGUUCGUGGUGAACGACAAGGCUUUUGUGGUCCAUGGAGGCCUCUCGCGUCUUGAAAACGUCACACUGGAGGAUAUUCGCAAGAUUGACCGCAACAAGGAGCCCGGUUCCGAUAUUUUGAUGACGGAUCUGCUGUGGUCCGACCCGUCUCCCCUCCCGGGUCUGACACCCUCUAAGCGGGGUGUCGCCAGUCAGUUCGGCCCAGAUAUUACUGAAGCGUUUCUCAAGAGGAACAACUUGGGCUUUAUCAUCCGUUCACACGAAAUGAAGGAAGAAGGAUACGAGGUUGAGCACAAUGGCAAACUGAUUACUGUCUUUAGCGCUCCAAAUUACUGCGACGAAAUGGGCAACAAGGGAGCUUUCAUCAGGCUGAAGGGGUCCGUCAUGGAGCCACAAUUCCAUCAGUUUACGGCUGUUAAGCACCCCCCGGGCCCGGCGAUGCAGUAUGCAAAUCGCAUGCUGAGUUUCAUGUAG